AUGCUCCAGCUGCACUCGAAGCCACUCCGCCCACUGCUCCCGCGUGGCGCUGCAGCAACAACACUCCUUGGCUUCUGCCUCGCCGACAGCUCUACAUACCGCAACAAGCUCCCCACUGACACCGGCUGCUUCGCAAGGAAUGCAUCGAAAUGCUCUGGGUCGUUUGUUCUGGGGGUUGAUGAAGUUCCUCGAUCCCCUAAUGAGGAGGCGAAGGCCAGAGGCGGGGAAGCUUGGAAGGCUGGCGAUGUUGAUGGGGCCAUCGUCUGUUUUUCGAAGGCGAUCGAACUAGACAUGGAUAACACCAGCGGGCAGCUCCACGUUCACUACAGCAACCGGUCGGCAGCCUUUCUCAAGCAGAACAAGGCAACGGAGGCACUCAUGGACGCGGAGAGGUGCGUGGAGGUCAACCCUUCCUGGGCGAAGGGCUACUCCAGGAUGGGAACCGCGCUCUUCCGCCUCGGGAGGCACGACAAGGCGGCCGCCGCCUACUCCAAGGGGCUGGAGCGAGAACCCGGUAGCGUGGAACUCCGCAAGAACCUGUUGGAGGCGCAGAAGCAGCACGUCGCGGCGCAGGCGGCGGCCAGCCGGGCGGCGCGGCCUCGGGAGACUCUGGCGGAGUACGUCAGGGCCCACCCCUCGCUGACGUUUCAGUUCGGGCUGCGCUUGUUCCUGCUAGCCAACUGGGUGAUGUACAUGCUUCCCCUCCAGGCCGCCUCGCUGUUCGCCUACAGGCGGCUGCUGUACGCCAUGAUCUUCGUAAACGCCUUGGGUCUGUACGGGCGUCACGGGAGGCUCAGGUUUAACGCCGAGUAUGCGGCGAACGUGGUCACCGAUCCCUGCUGCCAAACGAUCAUGACGGCCCUGCUCUUCGUGUUCAACAGGCCAUACCUCGUCGGCAUCGUACCGAUGGUUCUGCUAGAAUUAACGGACUUCCUGUGGUUCCUGAGCGGUCUUCUCCAGAUGUCGCCGGGGGCGUUUUUCGAAAAGCUCAACCGGGGCGUGGACAGGUUCGGCGGGGCGCUGUUCGGCAUCCCGAAUUGGGGCAGUCGGAGCGUGACGGACCGGUGGUCAGCGGCAAAGAGCAAGGCUAGCGAGUGGGGUGCCUGGAUUGAGGUCAUGUUCGGCAUGAUCCUCGUGGCGGAGUUGCUGCUCCCCCGCAGGAAUUUCGUGAUGCUGGGCCUAUACUGGCAAACUCUCCGCAUGAAGUACAUGAUCAACGCUGCCACGGGAAGGGGGUACACGCAGGCGGCGUUCCGCACGCUGGACGCGCGCAUCAAGGUGGUGACGACCAAGCGCAGAUGCCCACCAGUAGUCGGUUCCAUGUACGCAAAGCUCAAGACGCUUCUGGCCAAGAUGGUUAUGCCGCCGGCCGGCGAAGCGUCGCCAGGGUCGUCCCGGUGUUCCAUUAUGUAGUCAGCGUCCCGUCCAAGCCAAGAUUUUACCAUUUUGAAGUCGGGGUGACGUGACGUUGUCAUUGUGUGGUCCGAGUGAUGUCAAAUCGAGUCAUACAUUCGUAGUCGGAGUGGCGUCGCGUGACGCGGGACGGUGUGUGCCAACUCGGGUCUCUACCCAACUGACGCAAACGAACGAGAUAUGCCUUGCACCGGUUCAAUUGCCACCGUUGAGUUUGGUGUACAAUAGCCAGAGGGUGGCCCCGGCCUCAACUGAAGCCCUCUCUCUUUGUCGCCGGCAGCUUCGAAAGAGAACAAGACGAAUACCUCGUUGAGUGCGCGUGACUUGCACCGAGUCAAGUGCUUGAGUUGUUGUGUUGGAUGCAAUGCGAGCGGUGCGCACGCGUCAUUGUGGACAGGAGUCGAAGGAACGCGGCACUGAGUG